AUGAGGAAUAGAAUUUUGGAUGGAGGAUAUUUGUUUUUUGGGAGGAAACCUCUGAUAAUGAAACCUUGGAACCCAGUCGAUGAUUUUUCUAAAGAAGAUAUUGAUUCAAUUCCGACCUGGGUUCAAUUGGGUGGUCUUGAUCUUAAGUAUUGGGGUGAGAGGUCACUUUUCAAGAUAGUGGGUCAAAUUGGGAAACCAAUCCAAGUUGAUGCUAUUACCAGGAACAGAGACCGGUUAGCUUAUCCUAGGAUUCUUAUUGAAGUGACCAUGAAACAAGAAUUUCCAGCUCGAAUCAGUUUCUGGAAUGAAUUGGACCAGGAAGUGGAUAUUUUUGUGGAAUAUGAAUGGAAACCCACUAUAUGCACGAAUUGCUCUGGUCUAGGACAUGAAGCUCACAUUUGUAGGAAGAAUAAAGCAGUCAAGCAGGAAUGGGUUCCAAAACAGAGGGUCUCAGAACCAAAUGCAAAUAAAGCUACAGUUGAUGAAGAUGGCUUUCAGACAGUUACCAAAGGAGCUAAGAUACAUGCAUCUACAGUUAAUCAAACGAUUGUGAAUAACAAAUUUGGUCUGUUGGAUGGGGAUUCUGAAAUUGAAUUCCAACAAAAACAUAGGGAGAUUAGGCAGUUGAUUCUUUCGAAGAAGGUUGGCUUGGUUCCAAAUAAAACAGGCAGAUUUCUGGUCACCUUUGUAUAUGGUUAUAAUGUUGAGUCUUUCAGGGAGCAACUAUGGAAGGAUUUACAAGACCUGGCUGGUGGUAUCACUGAACCUUGGAUGGUGAUAGGUGAUUUCAAUGAAAUUCUUUCACUGCAAGAUAGAAUUGGCAAAAAGACUACCACUAAGUUGUCAAAGGCUGUGUUCUUACCAGAAGGAGUUUUUGACCAUAGUCCGAUUCUGGUUCAUUUUUCUUUCGAGAUUCAGGGGGAGAAGAAGCCUUUUAGGUAUUUUCGAAUGUGGAAAGAGGCACCUGGUUAUGAAGAAAAAAUACGAACUAGUUGGAAUUUUUCAGUUGUGGGCUCACCAAUGUUUCAGGUAGUCUCUAAACUAAAAAGAUUGAAGCAAGUGCUUUUGACUAUCAAUAGAGAAGGCUUCUCGGACAUUCAACAGACAGAGUUUAAGGCGGGGUUAGCUUUGAAGGAUGUUCAGGAACAAUUGCAGAAGGACCCGUUCAAUGAUAGGUUGAUUACUCAAGAACAGCUAGCUAGAGAACAAUUUCUGUUUUGCCAUAAAGCUUAUCUGAGUUUCUUAGCUCAGAAAGCUAAAGUGGCUUGGAUGGUUAAUGGUGAUGAAAAUACACAUGUCUUUCAUGCUUCUCUUAAGGCUAGGAGAAUUCAGAAUAGGAUAUUGUCUAUUAAGACUGAGGCAGGGGUUUGGGUAGACUCUCCUACUGAUAUUAAAAAAGCCUUCUUGGAUUAUUACAAAAGUUUGUUGGGGACAACUAUGGUACACAGGAAAACAGUAUCUCGGUCAAUUAUGAAGCUUGGACCAAUUUUAAAUGCAGCUCAAGUUCAUAAUAUCACAAGAGGUUAUUCAACUCAGGAGGUUAAGGCUGUUAUGUUUGGCAUUCCAGGAUUGAAAGCACUAGGCCCAGAUGGAUUUAGCAGUUACUUUUAUCAAGACAAUUGGACCUUGGUGGGUUCGGAGGUUACUACAACAGUAUUGCCAUUCUUGAAUUCUGGUAAGCUUCUUAAGGAGAUUAAUAACACAGCCAUUACACUCAUUCCCAAAAAUAUAUGCCCUGAUACAGUGUGUGACUUUAGACCCAUCUCUUGUUGUAAUGUCAUAUAUAAAGUUGCCUCUAAGAUGAUAUGCUCAAGAAUUUGGCAAGUGUUACCAGAAAUAAUUGCAGAGAAUCAAGGGGGAUUUGUGCAUGGAAGAUAUAUAGCUCAUAAUAUCAUGAUAUGUCAAGACUUAGUUCGAUAUUAUGGGAGGCAAAGUUGUAGGCCAAGUUGCAUGAUCAAAUUGGAUUUGAGGAAAGCAUAUGAUACUAUAGAAUGGGAUUUUAUUGAAGAAAUGCUCACUGAAUUUCAGUUUCCUCAGGAAUUUAUACAACUUAUCAUGGUAUGUGUUCGCUCUCCUAGGUUUUCACUGAUGAUUAAUGGCUCACUAAAUGGUUUUUUUGAGGCCAAAAGAGGACUAAGGCAAGGUGAUCCGUUAUCUCCCCUAUUAUUUGUGCUUGGUAUGGAGUAUCUAUCUAGGAUUAUGCUUAAAGUUAGUUCUUCUCCAGGUUAUAAAUUCCAUGAUAGAUGCGCAAGUUUGAAAUUGAAUCAUCUUUGUUUUGCUGAUGAUAUUCUAUUAUUCGGUCAUGGAGACUUUGUAUCUAUCUUAUGGAUGCUUAGGGGACUCAAAAUUUUCUCUAAGACUUCGGGACUCUUUCCAAAUGAAGCUAAAUCUGCAAUUUAUUGCAGUGGUAUGUCUGGUUUAGAGAUUGAUAGAGUGGUGCAGGCCUCGGGUUUCAGUCAAGCUUCCUUACCUUUCAGAUAUCUGGGCAUCCCCAUCUGUUCUAAGCGCAUAACAAAUGUUGAAUGUGGGAUUAUACUAGAAAAGAUGGUAGCUAGAAUUCAACAAUGGAGAUCUAGGAACCUAUCUUAUAGUGCUAGAGCUAUUAUGAUAAAUUCAGUCUUGCUGUCAAUACACUCUUAUUGGGCUCAAAUUAUGGUGUUGCCAAAAAAGUUAUUGAAGGAUAUUGAAGCCAUUUGCAGGGCCUUUCUUUGGAAGGGAGUGGCUGAUUCUCAUAGUCCAGGAGCAGUUGCCUGGUCUACCGUAUGCACACCAAAAUCAGCAGGAGGACUAGGCUUCAGGAGAAUAUUGGAAUGGAAUUUAGCUGCUUUGGGAAAGUAUGUAUGGGCAAUAGCAUCUAAGAAGGAUAAUCUAUGGGUAAGGUGGAUUCAUAGUAUCUAUUUGAAAAGCAUGGACUGGUGGACUUACCCAGUGCAACAAAAUUGCAGCUGGUAUUGGAGGAAAAUCAUAGCAAUUAAGGAGUUGUUCAGAGCAAAAAUGGACAGGUCAUCAUUUAUAGCACUGAAGUAUAGUGUUCAAACUGGACACUCAAUAUUAUAUGACCAAAAACCAAGCAAACAAUGUCUAGUGAAGAUGAAGGAAUGGCUAGGCUGCCGAGCACAAACAGAGAAUUUAUACAAGUUACUGCAAUGGUUUUCCAAGGUGAAAUACUUCAGCAAACUCAGGAGAAGAUUCUGCAUUGCAGCUGUCUCUGCAUUAGUGUACCAUCUAUGGAGAGUCCGAAAUGAUGCCUUGUGGUCAUGCAAGAUUUGGCAAGUGAAUCAUACUUUAGAGAGAAUCAAAACAGAGUUGAAAUUGAAACUUACUGUAUUAAUGUGCAAGGGGAAACAAGAUAGAGAUAAUGAUUGGAUUCAAAAGUUGUAA